CCCGUCCCUCCGCACUGACGCUCAACGUGCACAUCGCGAGGCGUGACUACUGCAACAAGUUGCCCACGACGGCGUCGUAUACCAGCCAGCUGUUCUACGCUCGUCGGCCCGCCUCCGACAUCUCCGUGGACAAGGCAGUCAACGGAGCGGCCUUCGCCAUGCCGAGACCCAACCCUCCGCCCACACCGGGCUCGUCAAGCGAUAUCAGAGGCAAGGAGGGCAGCAUGGCAGCGCCUGCGUUCAAUCUCCCCCCAACCGCCUACCAAGAGCCAGACCGGCUCAGUAACAGCUCCUCUACACCCUCCGCCAAUGGCUCAGACUCCUCCUAUCGACCCGUCUCACCACCGUCACCGGCAGACCUGGCACGCAAAAGGUCAGCGACCCAGUCCGGUCCGGUUAUCACCAAGGACGACUUCGCAUUGCCUCCGCCUCCGACAAGGUCGCGCAAGAUCAUACAGAUGAAGCCGAGAGACAACGAGCAGCAAGAGAGCGUGACGCCGUCUGCAACAGUAUCGCCAAACAUUGCGGCAAGAACGCCAAGUGCAGGUCAGGCCAAUGGCGGCAAGCGAAAGUCGAGCGGUAACACCGGCACAACGGCAGCUGGUCGUAAGAUUGCGCGCAAGACGGCACAUAGCUUGAUCGAGCGCAGGAGGAGAUCGAAGAUGAACGAGGAGUUUGGCGUGCUGAAGGAUAUGAUACCAGCAUGCAAAGGCCAGGAGAUGCACAAGCUUGCCAUUCUUCAAGCCAGCAUAGAGUAUCUUCGGUACCUUGAGCAGUGCGUAGCGGAUUUGCAGGCCCAGAAUAACUCUCCGCGGCCUCAGCCACCGCCCACUCUCGCCGCACAAGGUGCGCACGAAGACGAUGAUGAUGAGGACGAAGACAUGGAAGACGACAACGACGAGGGCACCGAGUCCAUCCCAGCGACGACAACACUCGAACACUCCAACUCCAUGGUCUCGCUGCCCUCGCUCUCACAGAUCACAACCACCAACACCACUUCUCCAUCCAUAUUCGGCACAGGCGCAGGGCGACACUACUCCAUCUCCUCCGCCUCGCAGGCAAGCUAUAGCCCGUACUUCCACUCCAACCAGACCUCACCCGCAUUCGGUCCGCAACUGUCGCACAUUCACUCGGCGCCACCCUACGGCACCAACUUUGGCCUCGGCAGCCCUGCGCUCAAGGCGGUCGACUCGGCGUUCACGCUCCGUCAGAUCGCGGAGGGUGCGAGUGAGUUGUCGGAGAAGCAGCGGUUGGGAAGCGCCAAGGCGGGUGGCCGGAGCGAGCAUGAACUCGACCAUGAGGCUGCUGCGGCGUUGAGUAUGCUAAACAACGACCGUAGGAAUUGGCGGCCUGCUACUGCUGGCGGUCAUGCAGAUGAGGUGGCAAAAGCGAACACCGGGAUGAGUGUACGGGAUUUGCUGAGUGGUUGACCUUGAUUCUUCGUCAUUUCCUCCGCAGAUAUGCUUGCGACAGGCCUUGUAGCUCUUGACGGUUCAUGGCGGUAGAUUGCUUUCAGCGAGCGCACGACCGGUAGAUGGGGCAUUUGGCGCAGAUUUUACACUCCUAACGGAGUCCUUACCUCUGAUAUGCUCACGCUGUGCUACCGUGC